GGAUUGAACACAAACAAACCCUGAAAAGAGGAGAUGGGGAUAAAAGAGAAAGAGAAGGAAAAGGCGGAAGAAGAAGAUGUUAUUGAUAGGGAUCUGGAAAGGCUAAUAAUACCUGCUGAUCAUAUACCUCCUCCUACCACUACUAACAUCAACGGAGGAUCUGAAUUAUCCUCCGCUUCUUCUCAACAAGAGGCAUUUAUCAAACUCAUUCGCAGCUGGGCCACCAAAAAAUUUAUCACUGGAUGUGUCAUUUUGUUUCCAAUUGCUAUUACAUUCUACGCAACCUGGUGCUUUGUUCAUUUCGUCGAUGGAUUUUUCUCGCCUGUUUAUUCUCAUCUCGGCAUCAACACAAUUGGUCUUGGAUUUGUAACUUCGAUUGCUUUUAUCUUCUUGGUUGGAGUUUUUAUGUCAUCUUGGUUAGGAACAUCUCUUCUUGCAUUGGGAGAAUGGUUUAUAAAGAAGUUGCCUCUAAUGAGCUAUAUAUAUGCUGCUUCUAAGCAAAUUAGUUCAGCAAUUUCACCGGACCAGAACUCACGUGUGUUCAAGGAAGUGGCUAUCAUAAGACAUCCCCGUAUGGGAGAAUAUGCAUUUGGAUUCAUUACAGCAACCGUCGUUCUCCAGCAGAUCUCAGGUGUCGAGGAGCUCUGUUGCGUUUAUGUGCCAACAAAUCACCUCUACCUUGGAGAUAUAUUUCUAGUCAACUCAAAAGAAAUUAUAAGGCCUGAUAUCUCAGUACGCGAAGGGAUUGAGAUAGUCAUUUCUGGGGGAAUGUCUAUACCCCAUAUGAUGUCCAUAACAGAUACACUGAUGAUACAUAGGCCGAGAAUUCGAAAAUAUGAAAUUCCUCAAGUCUAGCAGUGCCCCCACGUACAGCGCCGAGAUGCUCGUAAAGUUGCCCGAGGAAAAUAAAUUGGACUUGAAUCCUAUUCAGUCUCACUGGAAGAUCAAGCCUUCAGUUCAAAGCUGCUAAACACAUAUAAUAAUUUCAGGGGAUAGAGCCCUGGCAUGCUAGAAUUCCAAGAAAAAUGAGUUGUUAUAUGUUGAUGUUAGAGGAUGAGAUCUUGACUCUCUUUUCUCUCGCUACCUUCUGCUAUGAAUUAAUAUGGUUUGAAUC